GCACGAGCUCUCCACACCGCAGAGAGCACACGCGCGCGCGCACGCAGACCCGAGCACGAGCCCCCGGGAGCACAGAGAGAGAGAGAGAGAGAAAAGAGAGAAAGAGAGAACAGCGCGAGGACUGGUCCGGAGCGGCUUCCUUCAAACACGGAGACCAGACCCGAGCACGGACCGGAGCGAGCACGGACGCCGCCGACGGAGCACCGACGAGCGGACUGAAUCGGAGCGGUCCCGGGGCAACGCGACAACACGAGCCAUGGCGCAGCGACGGUCCACGCACACUGGGAAUACGCGUGCGAGCCUCCUGGGACUUUUCGCAUCACUUUUUUACUUAUUUGCACGCGUGGGCAGCAGCCAGGUGACCGUCCCCGACAGGAUCAACGCGGUGCUGGGCAGGAACAUCACUCUGAGCUGCCGGAUCGAGGUGGGCUCCAACCUGAGCCUGACCCAGAGCUCGUGGGAACGCCAGCUCCCCUCGGGCACCCUCACCCUGGCCGUGUUCAACCCCGAGUACGGAACGUCGGUGUCCCCGGACUAUUUGCGCCGCGUGUCCUUCGUGUCCCCCUCCGUGCGCGACGCCACCAUCAUCCUGGAGGGCGUGGGCUUCGAGGACAUCGGAUCGUACACCUGCAAAGUGGCCACCUUCCCCCUGGGCAACACGCAAGCGUCCACCUACGUGAAUAUAUUAGUGGAGCCAAAGGUGUACGUGUCUGCGGGCCCCACGGCGCUCAUGGACGGUGCCAACGAGUCCCUGGUGGCCACGUGCAUCGCGGAGAAGGGCCGUCCAGCCGCCGAGGUGUUCUGGGAGACGCAGCUGUACGGCCGCAGCGACAGCCAGAGCCAGCAGGAGGCGAACGGCACCACCUCUGUCCACGUGCACUACCUGUGGCAGCCCCAGAGCUACGCCCAGGGCCGCGUGCUCACCUGCGUGGUCAAACACCCGGCCCUGCAGACCGAGUUCCGCAUCCCCUUCACACUCAACGUGCACUUUGCACCAGUGGUAUCCAUCGAGGGGAUCGCUCAGAACUGGUACGUGGGUCAGGAGAACGUCAAGUUCGACUGCGGAGCCAAAGCCAACCCGCCCGCGCGCCACUACACCUGGAUCAGGCUGGAUGGGCUGAUGCCAGACGGAGUGCGCAUCGUGAACAACACUUUCACUUUCACCCGACCGCUGGACCGAAACGACUCCGGGGUGUACCGCUGUGAGGUCAUGAACGACAUCGGCCUGCGCAGCAAAGACGUCAACCUCUGGGUGCAAGACCCGCCUCCCACCACCGCCGCCCCCACCACCCCGUCCCACCUGACCUCGAGGGCGGGCACGGCGGUGGACCAGCGCCGCGCCCAGAUCUCCUCCCCGACCCAGCCGCCGGCGCCCGACUCCACCCUGGGCACCAUCGUGGGCGGGGCCGUGGGCGGGGUCCUGCUCCUCGUCCUCCUCCUCAUCCUGGGCGCCGUCUGCUACAUGCGCCAGCGCCGAACCUUCCGCGGCGACUACUACACGAAGCAGUACCUGGGCCCGUCGGACAUGCAGAAGGAGGCGCAGCUCGACGUCCUCCAGCCCCACGAGCUGCAGGAGGUGUACGGCGACAAGACCAGCAAAGGCAGCCAGGACCUCAAACCGAAACUGAGCGGGGACAUCAUUUACCCCGAGUAUAAAGAGCGAGACGAGUGGGCGGACCGAGGCGACGCGAAGCAGAGGAGCCUCAAAGAUCCAAACUACUACGCCAACCAUUACAACAACCACAACAUGCACCCGUGUGGGCCGCCGGUGCACAGCAACGGCUCCCCCUACGUGCCGGAGGACUGCUACGACAACGCCACCGACAGCGACUACGUGUCUCACAUGGACGGCUCGGUGAUUUCGCGCAGGGAGUGGUAUGUUUAAAGCGAACGUAAAAACUGAAAAAAAAAAAAAAACGGACAAAAAAAACAAAACGCUCACAGCAUCGGACGCGCGCUGCCUUUAUCGUAACCACUGGACCUUAAAGGAGGCUGGACCGAGAGGGGAGUGCCUAACGUGUGGGAUCGUAAGCGUUUUUUUUUUGGACGCGCAGGGAGACUCCUCGGCGUCCCCUUCCCCGCAACCCCCGAAGUCUGUCCCUCUUCUCGUAAACGCUUCCACGGACUCCCCCACCACCCCGGCUGAAAUCACUAUCAGGGCUGCAAAUAGUGUUCACGGCCAA